AUCAUCUGUAGUGAAUUUAGCAUAUUUCAAUUUUAAUUGUUUUCAAGGUAACUGUCCCUGUGCAUGUUUUUCAUCAGUUGUGAGCCAGUUGGGGCAAUUAUUGCGGGGAAUCCAGACAGAACGAGAAAAGUUGCGACAAGCUCUAGAGUCCGAGUCAAACUUAUUGGCAUCUCACAACACCACAGCCAUUAUUGCUGCACUGAGAAAUAGUCUCAAUCAGGCCCUCCAACAAAAUGCUGAGUUACGGGGCCGUCUAGCAAGGAUACAUGCAGAUUCCGACUUGUCUGAUAUCUCUGUUCCACCAUCAGUGUCAGAACUG